AAUACAUAUAUAUUUAAUAAAAUGGGACAGCUAGGUUGUAUAUAUAUUGCUAUACAGAAUCCCAGUUAGUUAGAUUUUCAGUUUCCAAACCUUCUCUUUGUUGUAAAAAAAAAAAAAACCUUCUUCUUUUUUUGUCCCCAGCUAUCUAGCUAUUAGCUAAUACUGCCCACUGCCCAGUAAUACAUAUUCAGGUUAGCCAGUAGCCACCAUAUAUGGAGGAGGAAUCUCUCCUCUUCUUCUUCUUCUUCUUCUUCUUCUUCAUCUUCAGUAACAAAAAUCCUCCAUCAAGGAAGAGGAGUGGUAAUCCCUACAUAAACCAUAACUACUCCCGACUAGCCACCAGCUUCUUAUUCCAAAUUCGUCGGCGGCCAGGAUUAUUGUUCCACUUGCUCGCCGCCGGUACGAAUUUCUUUCUGUCAGAGCUAUCUGCUAGUACAAGCUUCCUUCCUUGGGUCAUAUCUCUUCUACUGAAUAAGUGUUCAAAUUACACAACUGAUGUAUCAAAAUCUUAUUUAUGUAUGUUAUCAGUUAUCACAGUGGGGUCAAGUCAACCAAUAGAAAGACUGUUAUUUGAUUUAUUAUUAUUUUUUUAUAUUUUUCAGACUAAAAAUAAUUAAUUUCGUCAGGAGAUAAUUCAUGCAAAUAACCAUACUUUUUAUGUUUUUCUUUUAUUUAAAAAGUUCCGGUCGAAGUUAUUUUUAUACAAAGUUCAGACCAAACAAAAAUAUUGACCUCUAAAUUUUCCUCAUUAUCAUAUAUAUAUAAGAUAUUGUAAUUGUUAUAUGAUUAUUGAACUCAAAAUCUGAAUUCAAAUUUUAGCCAAUGUUGUCUUUAUCUUCAUUGAGUUACAUAUCACAUAUUUCAUUUGUUAGCUAGCUUAUCAAUCUUUUGUAAACAUGGCAAUUAGGUCGGGUUGGGUAAUUUCGAGCCGGACGAUCUCGAGUUACGGAUCGUAGCGGAUCAAAUCAUGUUGGGUUGGUUUGUUUUGGAUCAAAUAUUGUCCCUAUUUAAAAAAAAUUAUGGGCUAAGUCCGUUCGAGUUACGAACAUUCUUGAAAACAAGUUAUCAUAUAUGUAUGAUAACAAUUUACCUAACACAUGUGAAUGGACAUAUUUUCAUAUCGUCAUAAAUGAAAGUAAAUACAAAUUACACAAAGUACCAAAGAAACAUCAUGAAAGUAAUAAUACUACAGGAAGCACAUGAUAUUUAUCUAUCCCUACAAUCCAAAAGUUGUUUUUCAAAUUCUUUCAAUCUUUUAUAAACAUAGUAGUAUUUUAUGAAUACUUUUGCCAUUUUGGAGGUGAAUAGAAUUUGGGGAAGAUAGACGAGCUGAUUCACCCUAUCAAACCCAAAAAAAUUCCGGGUUACUCGAGUUCAGAUUAUUGAAUUUUUCGAUUAUAAUUUUUUUUUUGUCAGUUAUGAUUUUUUAUACGAGUUAAUCGUGGUUCAAUCGUUUCCUACUGCUAAAAUUAUCUACUAUUUUCGGUCCGAUAUUUCCAAUCCGGCCGAUAAAAUAGUCUCUUAAACAUUGAUCAAGUCAUCUAAUCUUAUCUUUUUGGUGAAAAGUUUAAACUUUUUAGAUUAUUAAAUUAAAAUGACUAAUUUGCUACUGGCUUUGGUAGUUUUACUGGUGACAAUGAUCACCUCUACAGAAGCUGCCAUUACAAAUCCUUCUACCUUCAGGAUUGGUGCCAUUGUGGAUGAAACCUCUCGAAUCGGGAAAGAGCAGAUUCUCGCUAUGCAGAUGGCAGCAAAAGACUUCCAUGAUUCUGCCAAUCAAAGCUUGGUUCUUAAUUUGUACAUAACAGAUUCUAAAGGGGAGCCACUUCGAGCUGCUCUUUCAGCUCAGGAGCUUGUGAACUCAUCACAAGUAAAAGCCAUAGUUGGACCAUGUUCAUGGGAGGAGACAUCUCUAGUUGCUCAAAUCGCCACCAAAAAUCAAAUCCCACUUCUGUCUUUCGCCGAUUCAACUCCAAGGUGGGCAAGGGAGAGAUGGCCCUUUCUGAUUCAAGCGUCGUCAAGCAAGUCAGCUCAAAUGAAAGCCAUAGCCGCUAUCAUACAAUCAUGGAACUGGCAUCAAGUCUCUGUGAUCACUGAAGAUGUAGAGUCUUCAACAAAGGCAGUGCUUCAGCUCUCUACAGCUCUCAGACAAGUAAAUGUGCAGCUUGUUGAUGUCAUCACUCUCCCUCCUUCCUCUAAUCCUUCGUUGCUGUCUCGCCAACUCGAAAGCCUCAAGGUCCGCCCUUGUAGAGUCUUUGUGGUUCAUCUCUCCUCUAGUACUGCAUUAGCUGAGCAAUUAUUCAGAACGGCCAAGGACAUGAAAAUGCUAGAAAGGGACUAUGUUUGGAUAACCACCCAUGCCUUCACAAGCCUUCUUCACACCUUCCACCCUUCCACCAUUUCAGCAAUGCAAGGGGUUAUAGGAGUGAAGGGGCAUUUCACAGAGACCAAACCAAGGUAUCAAUCAUUCAGCAGGAGGUUUCGAAGAAGGUUCAGCUCUGCACAUCCAGAUGAGAGCAAUCAUGAGCCUUCGAUCUUUGCAGUCGAGGCUUACGAUGCAGUAUGGGCAUUGGCUCUCUCACUCUUGAGACCAAGCAACGUAACAGGAGGCCAAGAGGACUUACUGAACAAGUUGCUUCUCUGCAACUUCAAUGGCUUGGUUGGGAAUGUGCAGUUCACCUUGCAGAAAGCAGGCUCUUUGAACACAUUUGAGGUCAUCAAUGUGAUAGGAAAGAGAUAUAAUGGUUUGGGAUUGUGGACGGAUGGACAUGGCUUCUCGGAGAACACAGUUAGCGAAGAAGAAACUGCUACGUAUUUCUCAUCCAUGAGAGACAUCAUGGGGCAUGUGAUUUGGCCAGGAAGGCCUAGGUACAGUCCUAAGGGAUGGACUCCAUCACCUAUUUCUGAGCCAAUAAUUAUCGGUAUCCCAACUGAGUCCAUAUUUAAGCAAUUUGUUGACAUUGAACUCGAUCCCGUCCAAAACACCAUCUCUGCAAAAGGGUAUGCCAUUGAUCUCUUUGAAAAGGCUGUGGAACAACUGCCAUUCUAUUUGCCUUACCAAUUUCAUGCCUUCAAUGGAACGUACAAUGCCUUGGUACAACAAAUUUACCUGAAGAACUUCGAUGCAGCAGUAGGGGAUAUAGCAAUAGUCACCAAUAGACUUCCUUAUGCAGAUUUCACUCAUCCAUACACGGAAUCAGAACUUGUUAUGAUAGUACCACUCCAAUCAAAGAAAGUCAAUAGAGCUUGGCUUUUCACCAAGCCUUUCACUGGUUCACUGUGGCUUCUGAUCUUUAUCAUCAACAUCUACAACGGAUUCGUCGUAUGGAUGAUUGAAAGAGACCAUUGCUUGAAACUCAGAGGCUCGGUGGGCAACCAGGUUGGAGUUAUGCUCUCCUUAUCCUUCACCACACUCUUCACGUUCCAAGGAUUGAAGCUCCAUAGCAACUUGUCAAGAAUGGCGUUGGUGGUUUGGUUGUUCAUGGCACUAGCAAUCACACAAACUUACACGGCGAACCUAUCAAGCAUCCUCACAGUGCCAAAACUCGAACCAGCAAUCGACAAUGUUGAAUCAAUUCAGAUGAGCCGUGCUAACAUUGGGUACCUUAAAGUGACGUAUGUGGCCAAGUACCUGGAAGAAGUGUUGCAUUUCAGCCCUAAAAAGGUGAAGGAGUACACCUCCCCUGAGGAUUCCAUGAGAGACUUACAUGAAGGAGUGAUUGCAGCAGUAUUCAUGGAGAGACCUUGGGCCAAGAUUCUGCUAGCUAGAUACUGUACCGGCUUCACCAUUGCUAAACAGUCCUUCAAAGUUGGAGGCUUCGGGUUUGCAUUUUCCAAGGGAUCUCCAUGGCUUCCCUACGUGACAGAGGCUCUGGUGAAGGUGACUGAAAGCGGGCAGCUGAGGGAUUUGGAGAUAGACAUGAUUGCUUCUCAGAAAUGUGUUGGGAAUGAUGAGCUGCUAGGCGAUUCUUCAUCUGAAGCUGGUUAUGGGAGCUCCAACCCUAGCCUCGGGGCAGAUAGUUUUUGGAUGUUGUUCGUGUUUACAGCAGGAACGUCCACUCUGGCUCUCUUGAUGUUUAUGUAUUGGUCCGAGGAUGAACUUCCUGAUUCCUCCAGCGUCGUCAAAUGAUAUUGUCACUAAUUCACUAUAGUAUUGUGUGUGCGGUUUUUUUAAGGAAAUGUAUUGUGUUUUAUGCAUUAAAGCUCGAUAGCAAUUUUGAUCUGAUUUAUUUAUACACGAUCACUUGUCAAAACUAACUCUUAUAUUGUGUCAUAAACCAGUUUAUUCCAAAAACUUAAAUUUUUUGGAUAAUGUUACGUUAGAUCUUGUACAACUCUAUAACCGAUUGGGUAACAAUAGGCUUGGGCUCAGCCCAGUUUUGGUGGCAAGCAGAUUAGCCUUAUGAGGACCGCCCACCUCACAGGCUAGUCAAAGCCCAAUUAUAGAAACGCUAGUAAAUAAUCAGUUUAAUACACGUAUAUGUACCCAUACGUAUUUUAUUCGUUUAAAACUUCUGUAUCUAUAUUAUUCUCAAGUCGUUUCAAUUUUUUCCGUUCAUUUGAUGUCUCCCGUACUAAACACGAAUAAAAUUCGUAUAACACUUUUAAUAUCCGUAUUUAAUGAAUUAAAUUGUUAACUUUACUAACAUUUGUAUAUUUAUGGUGAGUUCUACAGUACCCAAGGUGAAAUCCGGGGUACCACAUACCUUGAGUAUCCACAGCUUGAAUUGACUGAUCUUUCAAACAUGAUACUAUACUGUAACCCUUAAAGUCAAAAUCUAGGUCUUAAUUCUCUAAAUAUUAUACCCCAAUAUUAAUUUAGUUAGAAACAAUAAUCGACGGAUAUGAUUCGUCCAUAUAUAGGCAAACAAAACAAAUAAAUGCACCAUCUUAGGGUUUAUAGUUUAUGAUUUAGAUAAUUAGGACCCAGGGUUCAUUCAUUAAGAGUUAGGGUAUAGUGUCAGACCAAAAAAUUUAACUAAUUCGAGGUUUAGAUCGCGUUUUCAUACUCAAGGUAUGCAGUAUCCCGGAUUUCACCCCGGGUACUGUAGAAGCCACCUUAUAUUUAUAUUAUUUUUAAAAUAAUAAUUUUUAUAUAUUUAUAACUAUUAAUGUACUUUUAAACGUAACAUUAGAUUAGGAACAAAGUAAAAUACCCGUAUAUAAUUUAUAUGUAACAUUUUCAUACCUUGUUUUACUAACUAUGCUAUGAAGCAAGGUUGUCAAACCGGUUUAUACCGUUGUGCCGGUUUGGCAAGUGGAAUGGUACGACCGGUGGUAUAACUAGUUUGUGCUGGUUCAUGUCGGUUUAAAAAAUGUGAAAACAAUUCAUAUCCAAUGUAUUUAAUCAUAUAUAUAAAACAUAUUUGUGGACAAUUUAGUUACAAUCCAACAAAUAUUAUCAACUAUUAACUAUUACAUUCAUAAAAUGAAUAAUAAAUUAAUUUUAUUAUUCAUUAAAAUGAAGUCAUUUUACUUAGAAUGCGUAAGUCGAUUAUAACGGUCAUAUGACUUCUACAGUACACAGGAAGAAAUUAUUAACAUACUAUUAAACCUAAAAUUAGGUU